AUGAUCGGGACCACGUUCUGUUUGCGUCGAUAUCAUGGUGAAGCAACGGAAUCAAGCGAAGGCUUUUCGACGGCCAAUCGAACAGUAAAAACAGGUCUGAUUGCUUCAGCCGUCGUCUCAUCAUGGACAUGGGCUGCCACUCUGCUGCAAUCAAGUUCGGUUGCCUAUUCUUAUGGGAUUUCGGGCCCCUUUUGGUAUGCGAGUGGAGCGACAAUCCAAAUUGUUUUGUUCUGUGUCAUUGCUAUUGAACUCAAACGUCGAGCUCCGUUUGCACACACGUUCUUGGAAGUAGUUCGUGCUCGGUACGGUCGAGCCGGUCAUCUUGUUUUCAUUGUCUUUUGUCUGUGCACAAAUAUUCUUGUCACAUCGAUGUUAUUAACGGGUGGUUCAGCUGUUGUUUAUUCUCUGAGUGGAAUGCAUAUUGCAGCUGCUUGUUUUCUCUUACCGUUGGGAACGAUUAUCUACACAAUGGUGGGCGGGAUCAAAGCCACUUUUCUCACCGAUUAUGCACAUACCGUGGUGGUUCUCAUUAUCAUUCUCUAUUUUGCAUUUACGACCUAUACAACAUCACCCCUGCUUGGUUCAACCUCCAAAGUCUAUGAUUUGCUUGUGAAUGCCAGUCGAAAACAUCCGGUGGAGGGAAACUCUCACGGAUCUUAUUUGACCAUGCGAUCCAAAGAAGGGGCCAUCUUUUUUGUCAUCAAUAUUAUUGGAAAUUUUGGAACUGUCUUUCUUGACAACGGAUACUACAACAAAGCCAUUGCCGCUUCGCCUGUCUCUGCGCUGCCCGGCUACAUUCUGGGUGGGAUUUCGUGGUUUGCCGUCCCGUUCCUUGCUGCCACAACGAUGGGGCUCGCGGCCGUUGCACUCGAAAAUAAUCCGGUCUUUCCCACUUAUCCAAAUCGACUGAGUCCAGUCGACGUAUCAGCCGGUUUGACCCUACCCGCAGCUGCUGUGGCUCUUCUCGGAAAACAUGGUGCAUUCGCCACGAUGAUUAUGGUCUUUAUGGCUGUCACAAGUGCCAUGUCUGCUCAGUUGAUCGCUGUGAGUUCGAUAGUCACUUAUGAUCUCUACAAGACCUAUGUAAAUCCAGAAGCUAGUGGAAAGAAACUGAUUUACAUUUCACACACGUCGGUCAUCCUCUUUGGUCUCGUCAUGAGCGCAUGGUCGACUGGAUUGUAUUACAUUGAUAUUAGCUUAGGCUAUUUGUACUUGUUGAUGGGUAUCAUCAUUUCAAGUGCCGUCAUCCCGGGUGCUCUGACCCUUUUGUGGAGCAGACAGAGCAAAUUGGCUGUGUGUCUUUCUCCGCCACUCGGUUUCAUCUGUUCUGUGAUCGCAUGGUUGGUCACGACCAAAGUUCAAUUUGGUACGAUCAGUGUUCAAACAAGUGGAUCGAAUAUCCCAAUGCUUGUUGGGAAUGUGGUCGCUUUGUUCAGUCCUCUCCUAUUUGUACCCGUUCUCUCGUUAAUAAUAUUCCGCGAAGCGCCCUACGAUUUUGCUUCGAUGAAACAAAUUAAACGAGUUGAUGAUGGUCCAAAAAGCAUUCCCGAUACGACCCCUGACGAAAUGGAAAGUGAAAUUACUCUUCUAACACGGAAUUCGAGAUUUGCACGAAUCACAGCUAUGGUACUUACAUUGUGUCUCAUCAUUCUGUGGCCAUGGCCAAUGUAUGGGUCUUCGUAUGUCUUUUGGUACCAUCCAUAUGUUACAUGA